AUGCAUCUUAAAGAUAUAAUUAACACAAACGAUGCUGUUGCAGCUUUGACAGGACUCGAAGAAUUCGAACCUAUCCAGAUUCACUUGAAUGGAAAGAACAAGUACGCUGAUCUAGUGGACAAGUUAGAAGAGUAUUUAAAGAAUCCAGACAUUGUCGAAAUGCACAUGUUCUUAAAAAAGUAUAAGUUUGAAAAGGAAUUUCUGAAGCCUGACUUCUUAAGAAUUGUCUUGAGGGCAAAUAACUUCCACUUGCUCACUAAGUUUCAAUUUGAGACAACAAAAGAUCUAAUUGAUGUAAUACUCAAAAUCGAGAAAACACUUCUCUUUCAAACAGAAAGUUUCAAAUUUUUCAAUGAUUAUUUCAAAUUUUCUAUACAGAUGAGUUUAAAGCAUCCAAUUAUAUCAAACUUACCCAAGGCAGAAGAAAAAGAAGAAGUUAAUGCUAGGGAUAAUGGUCCCGAUGAUGAUCCGGUUCUUAAAUUUGAUACAAAGUCUUCUGGGCAAUUUAGUUCUAGAACUCCUAUCAAAAGUCCUCUAGUUAGAAGUUUAUCCCAGCCUACAUCUGAAGAAUCCAGUGUAAAACGUACAAAAAGAACAUCAGGGUCACCUCUAAAGUCUGAACAUAGAGAUAAUGCAUUGAAAUCUUACAUUGGCUUGCUAUAUCCCGACUCAGAAGUAAUUGACUUUCCUGUAAAUGAGUUCAGUGAUCUUAAACUAAAGACAAUUCCUCUGGAGGGAAUAAGCAGGAGGUUACAAUUUGAAGUUCCAUCCACUUACAAUGAAAUGGAUGUACAAAUAGCUGCACAAAAAAAUAUCUUUGGUAUUCCAUCUAUUUAUAUUCUCAGUGAUACAUUGACUGGAGGGACUAGGUCUAUUACCAUAAAUGAGAAUAAAUUAGAAACACGGCCGGACUUGGAGAUUAAGUUAGAAAAGGGUCUCAUUCCAAUUGAGAUCAAAAAGGAUUCAAUCCAGAAGAAUUUAGAUUAUUUUUAUGGCAAAACUUCUAUCAGGAAAAGAAUUAAUUUUCUAGAGAUUUAUAGUCAGGGUGUCAGAGAGGCUCUCUGUUGUGGUAUAAACUGCUUUUUCCUAAGUGAUUAUACAACGACGUUAUUUGUCGAAUUCGAUACAGUAGGUGGAUUUCAAGAAAUUGAAGGCUGUACCAUAACCAGGCCCUUGGUUGGAAGGAUUAUACAUAUUGAAGAAACUAAAGAUUCUGAAUAUUCAGCUAAUUUUCAUCUAUUCCUUCUAUUGAAGAAACUUCAAAAUGAAUAUAUUCAAAGGAGUGAAAUUCUAGCAAACUUACAAAAUAAUGGCUUGUAUUUUACUACUAAUUCUCGAAACAUCAUCGUUAAACUUUUUAACACAACCAUUGAAAAAUACUAUAAUGUGUUGUUUAACCAAAAGAAAUCCCUUAGUAUUCCGAUUCCUAAACAGAAGGGUACUCUUCCCCGAAAUAUUCUUCCCCGAAAUAUUCUUCCCCGUAAUAUUCUUUCUUCUGCCAAUAUUCCUAUUGCUACUUCUCAUUAUGAUUCAGUUACUUCCAAUAAUUUAACUUCUGUAAAGAAUGAGCCUAUUAAUGUUGUUAACGACUCGAUUCCUUUUCAUGAUAGUUCAGCUACUUCCAAUGAUUUAACUUCUGCAAAUUAUGAGUCUACUAAUGUUGUUCCCGGCUCGACUUUGGCCAUGAAUUCAAAUUUUCCAUCAACAUUUAGUGCUGGCUCUCAUUACUCGUAUGGUCCAAUGAUUGAUGAAUUCGCAUUAAGUACUGAUCCAGAUAGAUUGUUUUCAGCAAACCCUUUUCUGAAAGUAUAUACAGAAGUUGCAGAAAGGUUAACAAAAGGUAAAAUUUGCCAACAUAUGAGUAUGAGAUCAAUUCAUUCUGAAUAUAAUAUUAUAUCAUUCAUAAACGGUACAGAAUUCAAUACAACGGUAAGUAUUGUGAUAGAAAUCCAACAUAUCCGGACUAAAGUAAGUUAUAUACUCAAGGUUAUAGAUCCGAUACGAUCACUGAUUUUCACCACCAAGCAAAGCAUACUUCGUGCUUCUUAUCAAAGAUGUUUAAAGCUUUUCUAUAAUGAAGUACAGGCACUCUUGAGGUUGAAGGAACAGGUAUAA